AUGAAAUUAGUUAGUUUUAUCAUUCCACUCACCGUGGUAGCUCAAUGCUGCUUGGCUCAAAAAGACCCGGUUGGUGAUGCCUAUGUCGUUGAUGCUGGCACCACUGAGACUACCAACUUUGGUGCCAAAAUCAACAACACUGACAGUCUAACUGUCGGCAGAAGAGGCCCCACGCUUUUAGAAGACUUUCAAUUGAGAGAGAAGAUUAUGCAUUUUGAUCACGAAAGAAUUCCUGAGCGUGUUGUCCAUGCAAGAGGCGUUGGUGCUCACGGCUACUUCCAACCCUAUAAAGACUGGUCCAACAUCACUGCAGCCAAGUUCCUUCAGGAUCCUGAUGUUAAGACGCCUACCUUUGUUCGUUUCUCCACUGUAUUGGGCUCAAGAGGAUCUCCUGACACAGUGCGCGAUGUUCGCGGUUUUGCUACACGAUUCUACACUGGCGAAGGCAACUUUGAUCUUGUCGGUAACGUCAUUGCACCCUUCUUUAUCCAAGAUGCUAUCAAAUUUCCAGACUUGAUUCAUGCAGGCAAGCCUGAGCCAGACAAGGAAGUCCCUCAAGCAGGAACUGCGCACUGCACUUCGUAUGAUUUCUUUGCUGAACAUACAGAGAGUAUUCAUACUGUCAUGUGGGUUCUUUCAGGCCGUGGUCUUGCCAAAAGUUUCCGACAAGUCGAAGGGUUUGGAGUUCAUACGUUCAGAUUUAUCAAUGAGGAAGGCAAAACUGUAUUUGUCAAAUUUCAUUGGAAGCCAUUGCAAGGUUUGUCCAACUUGGUGUGGGACGAAGCUCAGAAGAUCGCUGGUAAAGACAUUGACUAUCAUCGUAACGAUCUGUACACUGCCAUUGAAAAAGGAGACUAUCCCGAAUAUGAACUUGGUGUCCAGAUCGUGAAGCCUGAGGACGAAGACAGCUUUGACUUUGAUUUGCUCGAUUCUACCAAGAUCAUUCCAGAGUCCAUUGUGCCUGUUACCAAGCUCGGUAAGAUGACAUUGAAUCGCAAUGUGGAGAACUUCUUUUCCGAAACCGAGCAAGUUACUUUCCAUAUGGGACACGUCGUCAGAGGUAUCACCUUCACCGAUGACCCUCUCUUGCAAGGUCGCUUGUUCAGUUAUCUUGACACUCAAAUCAACAGAAUGAACUCUGCCAACUUCCUCCAAUUGCCCAUCAACAAGCCCUUGGUCCCCGUCCACAACAACCAACGUGAUGGUUACAUGCAACGCAAUGUUUACAAGGGUAAGGUCGCCUACUUUCCAAAUAAGAUGCAAGACAACACACCCGCUAUGGCCAAUAACAAGACUGAUGGCUACUUGGAGUAUCCCGAGCAUCUCAAUGCCAAUAAGCAAAGAGGCAAAGGUGGCAAGUUUGCUGAUCACUACUCUCAAGCUACUCUCUUCUGGAACAGUUUAACUACUCCUGAGCAACAACAGUUGGUCGAUGCUGCUCGCUUUGAAAUUGGCAAAUGCGCUGACAAUGACGUCCGCAAGAGAAUGGUGCAAGUAUUCAAUCAUGUCGAUAACAAUUUUGCCGUCCGUGUUGCCUAUGGUCUGGGUGUACCAGAGCCCAAGCCUGUUACAAAGAAUGACAAGAAGACCUCUAAAGGUUUAUCCAUUGAAAACUAUCCCAAGCCUAACCAUAUCCGUGCUAAGAAGGUGGCCAUCUUCACUGCCCCAGGCAUCGAUGUCUCUGAAGCUAAAACCAUGUUUGAUUUCCUCCAGAAAGAAGGUGCUUAUCCCGAGUAUGUUGGCUUCAAGUUGGGUGAGCAAGACGGUAUUCUUACCAACCACACUUUCCUUACUACAUCUUCUGUGCUCUACGAUGCUGUCUAUGUGCCUUCUGGAGAAAAGAGUGCCUUCCAAUUGUUGACAGAUAGCGUCUCUGCUUUCCCUUACAAUGAACCUUCUGUCUUCUUGUUGGAUGCUUACCGUCAUGGUAAACCUAUUGCUGCUUCUGGUCGUGCUACAACUUUGUUGAAGGCUGCUCAAUUGCCCAGUGAAGCUCUUAAUAUUAGCACUCCCAAGCAAAAAGAGAUUGGUGUCUUUGUUUCCAGCGAUGCUGGAAGCGAUUUACAAACCCUCUUCAAGGAUGGCAUCAUUCAACAGCGUUAUUGGAACAGAUUGCCUAUUGAUUCCAAUGCUGAAAAGUCUCCCACUUCCUCUCAAAAGAUGAUUCUCCAAGAAUAG